CAGGUUGUGGCCCCAAGGAUAGUUGCCCCAGUGGAUUUGUGGAAGCAUUUGGACCAAAGGAGAAGGAUAUCUGCCCCUCUCGGGGUUACUUGGACCCUAAGGAUAAUUGCCUGUGUGGAACUGCCCCCUCUCAGGCUGACAGACUAAUUGCCCCCCCAUUGGGGCUGCAGGGGGGUUACCAGCACCCCUAGUGGAUUUUUGAGGCUGCCGAAGACUAAGUGCAUUUUGGGGGUGACAUCCCAGGAAUUGGGGAGAUGAGAGACGAUGCCAGAUAAAAUGUCCAGCUUUCUGUACAUCGGGGACAUCGUGUCCCUCUACGCCGAGGGGUCCGUCAAUGGAUUUAUCAGCACCUUGGGGUUGGUCGAUGAUCGCUGCGUGGUGCACCCCGAUGCCGGCGACCUGGCCAAUCCGCCCAAGAAAUUCCGAGACUGUCUCUUUAAGGUCUGUCCCAUGAACCGAUAUUCGGCGCAGAAGCAGUUCUGGAAGGCCAAACAGGCCAAACAGGGGAACAACACCGAGGCCGCGCUGCUCAAAAAGCUGCAGCACGCGGCGGAACUGGAACAGAAACAAAAUGAGUCUGAAAACCGGAAGCUUUUGGGGGAAAUAGUGAAAUACAGUAACGUUAUACAGUUACUGCACAUAAAGAGCAACAAAUACCUCACAGUCAACAAGAGACUCCCCGCGCUGCUCGAGAAGAACGCCAUGCGCGUCUCGCUGGAUUGCGCCGGGAACGAGGGGUCUUGGUUCUAUAUCCAACCCUUCUGGAAGCUCCGGAGCGAAGGCGACAAUGUUGUGGUGGGGGACAAGGUGGUGCUGAUGCCAGUGAAUGCCGGGCAGCCCCUCCAUGCCAGUAACAUUGAGCUGCUGGACAACCCCGGCUGUAAGGAGGUUAAUGCUGUGAACUGUAACACCAGCUGGAAAGUGAAUCUGUUCAUGAAAUUCAGUGACUACAGGGACGAUGUCCUCAAGGGGGGGGACGUUGUCCGGCUCUUUCACGCAGAACAAGAGAAGUUCCUGACAUGCGACGAGUACGAGAAGAAGCAGCACAUUUUCCUGCGCACGACUCUGCGCCAAUCGGCCACUUCCGCCACCAGCUCCAAAGCAUUAUGGGAAGUCGAGGUUGUGCACCAUGAUCCGUGUCGGGGCGGAGCCGGGCAGUGGAACAGCCUCUUCCGCUUUAAGCAUCUGGCGACCGGGAACUACUUGGCCGCAGAGAUAAAUCCAGAUUAUCGAGAUGUCGGGGACCCUAGAGCCACGCGAGAGGGAGAACUGCCGGUGCACAAGAGGAAAUGGCAGGCGGGGGAGAAGAUCAUGUACACCCUCGUGUCUGUGCCCCACGGAAAUGAUAUCGCUUCCCUCUUCGAACUGGAUGCCACCACCCUGCAGAGAGCGGACUGUCUGGUACCCAGGAACUCGUACGUGCGACUGCGGCACCUUUGCACCAAUACGUGGGUGACCAGUACCAGUAUUCCCAUCGACACAGAGGAGGAGCGGCCGGUGAUGCUGAAGAUCGGAACGUGCCAGACGAAGGAGGACAAGGAGGCCUUUGCCAUUAUUUCCGUUCCACUCUCAGAAGUCCGAGACCUCGAUUUCGCUAAUGACGCCAACAAAGUUUUGGCUUCGACGGUGAAGAAACUGGAAUACGGGACCAUCACGCAGAACGAGCGGCGGUUCGUUACCAAACUGCUGGAGGACCUGAUAUUCUUCGUCGCCGGCGUCGCCAACAACGGGCAGGAGGUUCUGGACGUGGUGGUCACCAAACCCAACCGGGAAAGACAGAAGUUAAUGAGGGAGCAAAAUAUUCUGGCCCAGAUCUUUGGGAUCCUGAAGGCUCCGUUCAAGGACAAAGCCGGCGAGGGGUCCAUGUUGCGGCUGGAGGAUCUGGGGGACCAACGUUACGCCCCCUAUAAGUACAUCCUGCGCCUGUGCUACCGGGUCCUGAGACACUCGCAGCAGGACUACCGCAAGAACCAGGAAUACAUCGCCAAGCAUUUCUGCGUCAUGCAGUCGCAGAUCGGAUACGAUAUUCUGGCGGAAGACACCAUCACGGCGCUGCUGCACAACAACCGCAAGCUCCUGGAGAAACACAUCACCGCCAAGGAAAUCGAGACCUUCGUCAACUUGCUGAGACGGAACCGAGAGCCGAGAUUCCUGGACUACCUUUCCGACCUGUGCGUGUCCAACACGACCGCCAUCCCUGUCACUCAGGAGCUCAUCUGCAAGUUCAUGCUGAGCCCGGGAAAUGCGGACAUUCUCAUUCAGACCAAGUUGGUUUCCAUGCAGAUGGACAACCCUUUAGAGUGCUCGGUGCUACAAGACGACAUGGAUGAAGAAGAGGUUUGGUUGUAUUGGAUCGACAGCAACAAGGAGCCUCAUGGGAAAGCUAUAAGGCACCUGGCGCAGGAGGCCAAGGAAGGGACCAAAGCCGAUCUGGAAGUCUUGACUUAUUAUAGGUACCAGCUGAACCUCUUUGCCAGAAUGUGUCUGGACCGCCAGUACCUCGCCAUCAACCAGAUUUCCACCCAGCUCUCGGUGGAUCUGAUCCUCCGCUGCAUGUCCGACGAGAGCCUUCCUUUCGACCUGAGGGCUUCUUUCUGCCGCCUUAUGCUCCACAUACACGUCGACCGGGACCCCCAGGAAACCGUUGUUCCGGUCAAAUACGCCAGGCUGUGGACCGAGAUUCCCACCAAGAUCAGCAUCCACGACUACGACUCCUUCACAGACUCGUCCAGGGACGAAAUGAAGAGGAAAUUUGCCCUCACCAUGGAGUUUGUAGAGGAAUACCUCAAGGAAGUGGUCAACCAACCUUUCCCGUUCGGGGAUAAGGAGAAGAAUAAACUCACCUUUGAGGUGGUCCAUCUGGCUCGGAACCUCAUUUAUUUUGGGUUCUACAGUUUCACUGAGCUCCUCCGACUGACCCGGACCCUGCUGGCCAUACUGGAUAUAGUUCAGAGCCCCAUGUCCUCCUACCUGGAGAGACUCAGCAGAUUCCAAGAUGGAGGUAACAACGUGAUGAGGACCAUACAUGGGGUGGGGGAGAUGAUGACCCAGAUGGUGCUCAGUCGCGGCUCAAUCCUGCCCAUUGCGAUCCCCGAUGUCCCGGCCGGGCUGCACUCCAGCAAACAGGGCGGCGCCAUCGAUAACGAGGACAUUACGGUCAUGGACACGAAGCUGAAAAUCAUUGAGAUCCUACAGUUCAUUCUCAGCGUUCGGCUGGACUACAGGAUCUCCUACAUGCUCUCCAUUUACAAGAGGGAAUUCGGAGAUCAGGGUAACAGCAUUGAGAACUCAACCGUCUCUCCUCCUGAACUGCUGCCCCCAUCAGUUGGGGCUCCUGAUAUUGACGAGAUUGCUGCCCAGGCGGAAACCAUGUUUGCCGGGAGUAAGGAGAAGAACCCGGUGGAGCUGGAUGACGAAGGGGGUCGGACCUUCCUGCGCGUUCUCAUUCACCUGAUCAUGCACGACUAUCCCCCGCUGCUCUCUGGCGCCCUCCAGCUGCUGUUUAAACACUUCAGCCAAAGAGCUGAGGUCCUUCAGGCUUUCAAACAGGUCCAGUUACUGGUGUCCAAUCAGGACGUGGACAACUACAAGCAAAUCAAAGCCGACCUGGACCAAUUACGGCUGACGGUGGAGAAGUCCGAACUUUGGGUCGAAAAGAGCAACAGCUACGAGAGUGAAGAACUGGGGGACGGACAGACUAAGGAACGGAAGGAGCAAAUGAACGAGGAGGCGAGUAUUCUGAGCCCAUUACAAGACGGGAUAAAGAAGCCUCAGAUUGACAGCAAUAAAGCGAAUAAUUACAAGAUCGUCAGGGAGAUACUGAUCCGACUGAGCCGCCUCUGUACUCAGAGCAAGAAGGGUCGGAACCAGCAGCAGAGACUGUUAAAAAACAUGGGGGCCCAUUCUGUGGUGCUGGAUCUCCUGCAGAUACCCUAUGAGAAGACGGAUGACAAGAUGAAUGACAUUAUGACUCUGGCUCACACCUUCCUACAAAACUUCUGUCGGGGGAACCCACAAAACCAGAUCCUUCUGCAUAAAAAGCUCAAUCUGUUCUUAACCCCCGGGCUGCUGGAGGCGGAGACAAUGCGCAACAUCUUCAUGAAUAAUUAUCAUCUGUGCAACGAGAUCAGCGACCGCGUCGUGCAGCACUUUGUCCACUGUGUGGAGACGCACGGCCGCCAUGUUGAGUAUCUGCGCUUCCUGCAAACCAUCGUCAAGGCUGAUGGGAAAUACGUGAAAAAGUGCCAGGACGUUGUUAUGACUGAGUUGGUGAAUGGAGGGGAGGACGUGCUGAUCUUUUACAACGACCGGGCCUCCUUCCCGGUUCUGCUGCAGAUGAUGAGUUCGGAGCGGGACCGGGCCGACGAGAGCGGCCCACUGGCCUAUCACAUCACUCUGGUGGAGCUGCUGGCGGCCUGCACGGAAGGGAAGAACGUGUACACGGAGAUCAAGUGCAACUCCCUCCUGCCCCUCGAUGAUAUUGUGCGGGUGGUUACCCACGAGGACUGUAUCCCCGAGGUUAAAAUCGCCUACGUCAACUUUGUCAACCACUGCUACGUGGAUACCGAGGUAGAGAUGAAGGAGAUUUAUACCAGUAACCACAUCUGGAAACUCUUUGAGAACUUCCUAGUAGACAUGGCCCGGGUGUGCAACACGACCACGGACAGAAAGCACGCCGAUACUGCGCUGGAGAAGUACGUGACGGAAUCUGUGAUGAACAUUGUUAGCGGCUUCUUCAACUCCCCGUUUUCUGACAACAGCACCAACCUGCAGACGCAUCAACCAGUUUUCAUCCAACUUCUCCAAUCAGCGUUCAGGAUUUAUAACUGUACGUGGCCCAACCAGACCCAGAAAGCCUCGGUGGAAUCCUGUAUAAAAACACUGGCAGAAGUUGCAAAGAAUCGAGGAAUGGCUAUUCCCGUAGACCUGGACAGUCAAGUAAACACACUCUUCUUGAAGGCCCAUUCUAACAUGGUGCAGAGAGCAGCCAUGGGCUGGAGGAUCACUGCUCGCAACGGGCCCAAAUACAAAGAGGCACUGGGAAGUCCAUCCCUGGACUACAAGACCAUCAUUGAGAAGCUUCAGGAUGUUGUGGCUUCUCUAGAGAACCAGUUCAGUCCAAUGUUACUGGCUGAGUUUUCGGUUCUGGUAGACGUUCUGCACAGUCCUGAGCGCCUGUUUCCCGAUGGCAGUGAUGCAAGAAUUCGCUGUGGGGCCUUUAUGUCCAAGCUGAUCAACCACACGAAGAAACUGAUGGAAAAAGAGGAAAAACUCUGUAUGAAGAUUCUGCAGACGUUGCGGGAGAUGCUGGACAAGAAGGAAAGUUUUGGGGAGCAGGGCUCCACUCUUCGUAAAAUCCUGUUGAAUCGAUAUUUCAAAGGAGAACAUGGAUCGUCUCUAAAUGGGCCCCUCUCUGUAGCUUAUGGAAAAUCAGUUCCGGCAGGAGCUUUUUCAGGGCAGGAUUCGGAUAAAUCCGGGGUGUCCAUAUCGGAAAUUCAGUGUCUUCUGGACAAAGAGGGGGCGUCGGAGCUGGUUAUCGAUGUCAUUGUGAGCACCAAGAACGACCGGAUAUUCUCAGAGGGCAUCUUGUUGGGCAUCGCGCUGCUCGAGGGCGGGAAUACGCAAAUCCAGAAUUCUUUCUAUAAGCAGCUGGAUAUGCAGAAAAAAUCGGAGAAAUUCUUUAAGGUCCUUUACGAUCGCAUGAAAACGGCGCAGCAGGAAAUCCGCGCAACCGUGUCCGUCAAUACCGUCGACUUGGGCACCAAGAAAAAGGAGGAGGAUUACGACUCCCUGUCCCUUCCCAAAAGGAGAGUAAGAGACUCUCAGUAUCACCUUAAGGAAGGGAUGAAAGGACAACUCGCCGAGGCCUCCUCUGCCACCUCCAAGGCCUAUUGUGUGUACCGGAAGGAGAUUGAUCCAGACAUAGACAUGGUGGGUUCCGGGGUGGAUAACGGCACGGGGGAAGAGAAAUCCGCAGAGGAAUCGGCUGCAAUGAGCCCAGUUAUUGCCAUCAUGGAGCCCAUCCUGAGGUUCCUCCAACUGCUCUGUGAGAAUCACAACCGGGAACUCCAGAACUUUCUCAGGAACCAGAACAACAAGACGAACUAUAACCUGGUGUGCGAAACCCUUCAGUUCCUGGACUGUAUCUGCGGCAGCACCACGGGGGGCCUGGGCCUUCUGGGCCUUUACAUCAAUGAGCGGAACGUGGCUCUGGUGAACCAGACGCUGGAGAGCCUGACGGAGUACUGCCAGGGCCCGUGCCACGAGAACCAGACUUGCAUUGCAACCCAUGAGUCCAAUGGGAUCGAUAUAAUCAUUGCCCUGAUUCUGAACGACAUCAACCCACUUGGGAAAUACCGUAUGGACCUGGUCCUGCAGCUAAAGAACAAUGCCUCCAAGCUUCUCCUGGCAAUCAUGGAAAGCCGCCAUGACAGCGAGAACGCAGAGAGGAUCCUGUACAACAUGAGGCCCGCAGAACUGGUUGAUGUCAUAAAAACUGCCUUCAACCAAGGACUGGAAGGGGAUAAUGAAGAACAUGGACCCGAAGAUCAAGUGUCGCCCAAGGCCGUGGGGCAUAAUAUUUAUAUCCUGGCACAUCAGCUGGCGCGGCACAAUAAGGCUCUGCAGCACAUGUUAAAGCCGGGACUGGAUCCUGAAGAAGGAGACGAGGCACUGAAAUACUACGCCAAUCAUACGGCCCAGAUAGAGAUUGUCCGCCAUGACCGGACCAUGGAGCAGAUUGUGUUCCCAGUGCCCAAUAUCUGUGAGUUUCUGACUAAGGAAUCUAUGUGGCGGGUAUUUAACUCCACAGAGCGAGAUGAACAGGGCAGCAAAGUGAACCACUUUUUCCAGCAGACAGAAGAUCUGUACAAUGAAAUGAAAUGGCAGAAGAAAAUCAGAAAUAACCCGGCCCUGUUCUGGUUCUCCCGCCACAUCUCACUGUGGGGCAGCAUUUCCUUCAACCUCGCCGUCUUCAUCAACCUGGCGGUGGCGCUGUUCUAUCCCUUUGGUGAUGAUGGGGACGAAGGCAAGUUGAUAGUCAUGCGAGGAACCCUCUCGCCAUUAUUUUCCGUCCUUUUGUGGAUUGCGGUGGCAGUCUGUACGGCCAUGUUGUUUCUGCUGCCCAAGCCAUUCGGUAUCAGACCCUUCUUGGUGUCGGUGAUGCUCAGGUCAAUAUACACCAUUGGAUUGGGCCCAACACUCAUACUGCUUGGAGCUGGCAAUCUUUGGAAUAAAGUCGUGUUCCUUGUGAGCUUCGUUGGGAACCGCGGAACGUUCACCAGAGGGUACCGGGCGGUUAUAAUGGACAUGGCGUUUCUCUAUCACGUGCUUUAUGUGAUUGUGUGCAUGCUCGGCCUCUUCGUUCAUGAGUUCUUCUACAGCUUCUUGCUGUUUGAUUUGGUGUAUCGAGAGGAAACCUUACUGAACGUUAUAAAGAGUGUGACAAGGAAUGGUCGCUCCAUCAUUCUGACCGCCGUUCUGGCCCUCAUCCUCGUCUACCUCUUCUCCAUUAUCGGGUUUCUCUUCCUGAAAGACGACUUCAUCAUGGAGGUGGACAGGCUGAAGAACCGGACCCCGGAUCUGGGACACGGGGAGAUCAGAACGUCACCUCUGACCACAAUGAUGGACACUUGUCAUACGGAAAACUGUUCCAUGACUGUAUCUAUCCCAGAUGAAGAUGAUGAUGAUGAUGCCGACGUGGAGCGCGCCUGUGACACCCUCCUUAUGUGCAUCGUCACCGUGUUGAACCAGGGGCUGCGGAACGGAGGCGGAGUCGGCGAUGUUCUGCGGAAACCGUCUAAGGACGAACCGCUGUUUGCGGCCAGAGUUGUGUACGACCUUCUCUUCUACUUCAUCGUCAUCAUCAUCGUCCUCAACCUCAUCUUUGGAGUCAUCAUCGACACCUUCGCCGAUCUCAGGAGUGAGAAACAGAAAAAAGAGGAGAUCUUGAAGACCACCUGCUUCAUCUGUGGGCUCGAAAGAGACAAGUUUGAUAAUAAAACCGUUUCCUUUGAGGAGCACAUCAUGUCUGAGCACUGUAUGUGGCACUACUUGUACUUCAUCGUGCUCGUAAAGGUCAAGGACCCCACUGAGUACACGGGGCCCGAGAGCUACGUGGCCCAAAUGAUUGUGGAGAAGAAUCUUGAUUGGUUUCCCCGGAUGCGGGCGAUGUCCUUGGUCAGCAGCGAGGGGGAGAACGAGCAGAAUGAGAUACGGAACCUGCAGGAUAAGCUCGAGUGCACCAUGAGUCUGGUCAAGCAGCUGUCUGGCCAACUGGCCGAACUGAAGGAGCAGAUGACAGAACAGAGGAAGAAUAAGCAGCGACUGGGGUUCCUGGGAUCUAACGGCCCCCACGUCAAUCACCACAUGUCUCCCCACUGAGAGGCGACUCUUCCCUUCCCGGUUCCCCUGAGACACGGAGUGAGCGGGUGCAGAGGAGCCGUUGCUAUGGGCGCAGAGACAGGUCCCAUGGGUGCGCGGCUCAGUGGGACGUGAGGGAUCGGCAUUCACCCUGCUGCCCCCCCUUCCUGGACAUAACUGCCCCCCAGAGGGACUCUGUACAGACUGUAACAAACUCCUCUUUAUAAAUGAACUCCCCCUGUAUAUCCAGUUUGUGGGUUGGGGCAGAUUUGCACUAGAGCUUUAGUCGGAAUAUUCCGGGGCUGUAUCUCCUGCCCCACCCUUCCAACGCCGUUACAGGCAGCAGCGCAUUGAACAGCUAAAAUGACUUUAUAUGGUGGGGGGCGGGGACCCAUAUCUGAACCAUGUGACAUAUACAGAUACAAUGAGGGGUAAGUGGGUGGGCACUUUCCAUUAGGGGGCGUGGCCUACUUUCCUAUUAACAUAUAUUUAUGUGAGUAGUAGUGACCAGAGCUGUCUAUAGGGGCAACUACUACUAGGUUUUGCCCCAUGGGUGGCAACAAGAGAACUGGACUCAUUUUUUAGGUUUAUAAAAGGGAAAAACUAGGAAUUUGCAGAAAGAUAAAGUAUUUUGUGUUUUAACGAGAGAAAGGGGGUCAUUAUCUGUUUGUAGCGGAUCAAUUAACCCCGGUGUUUCCGUGGAACAUCAUUGGGCGGGAGGUGUAGGUGGGAACUCCAAGCAAAGGGGAACUUAACCUUUUAGUUCCAGAGCAACAUAAGGAUGCGAUUGCCCCCAUCCCGCAAAGAGUUAAUUGUAAGUCUAACUUCCCCUUUAUGGCAGGGGGAGGGGCCUGUUUGAUGGCAGGGGGAGGGGCCAGUUUGGGGCUAAGGGAAAGCUACAGAAAUGCUGAUUUUGCACUAUGUGUAUUUUUUCUUUGCUAAUUUAAUUCCUCGCUAUUUUUAAAGGGGCGGGGGAGACCCCCCCCCCCCGAGUCAUGUGACUUCAUACUGCGCUUGUGGGCGGAUCCCUGGAGCAGGAGACUAACGCGUUGCGGGAUAAGGUUUUAUACACGCAAAGGCCUUUAUAAUAAACCUCCGGACUGUGCUCCCUGCAAA